GGGAGGAACCUUGUGCAUGUUUAGUGAGUUUCUCCCGACAGUCUGUUACGGACGUGUCUGUGUUUUUGGGGAUUGUGAUUCGUUUGACUCUUUUUUUUUUCACUGCUGAUGUCCACUUGCAGUGUUUGUAUGUGUGUUUUGUGAGGCCAUAUUUAGUUUUGCAGCCGCUAGUGGACUUAUUUCGACGUGUGUUGGAAUUUUCCUUUUUUUUUGGGCUGGACACGUUGUUAGUCGAAAUAACUCCUGGUUAGCACUUGUGUGUGUGGUGGCCAUCGGUAUUUGCAGCGGAUGUUUCUGUAUUUCUCUACAACGGAUAAUGGAGGGUCGCAAUACUAACUGAUUGAUCAAUAGAAUUUUGUGAUCGAGUGACACACAUAGACACGAGUGGGCACCGGCAAGCAGACGACAACUGGCCGAUAGACUUAUUUUUUUUUAAAUAAGGAUCGACGAAUACUUUUCAGUCCUCCUGGAGGCAUGGAACGCCACUCCGGGAAGGUUUCUUCUACCGCAUCUAUCACAUCCUAUUUCAGGUUGUGAUGUGAUACGCCAACGCCCGGCGUAUGCAUGUGUGAGUGUGCGUGAGUGAACGCGUGUCAUCUAUGUACUUCAGUCCCUGGCUGGAGACGCUGGCUGACAAUUGAAAACAAUUGAAAAAUAAAGGACGUUGCUGUCAUCGGUGAAAGUCGUUGAAAUUGGCCCUGGAUUUGUUGGAACUUUUCUUUCCCACCCUUGCUCUCGUUGUUGUUGUUGUUGAUUCGAGCAUCACAAAGUCUGGGACGACGCACAAAAACUUUUAAAACUCAAACGAAGAAGCAUCCGGAGGGGUGCUCAACCCAUCCAGCAUCAAGAUGGCGAUGGUGGACGGAAGGCCGGCCCAGUAUGGGGUAUCCCUGAAACAGCUCCGCGAGGUGAUGGAGCUGCGAGGUCGGGAGGCUGUCGAACAAUUGCGUCACUACGGCGGCGUCCAGGAGUUGUGUAAAAAACUCUACACGUCGCCGACGGAAGGAUUAUCCGGUUCGCCGAAGGACAUCGAACAUCGGCGGGAGACAUUCGGAUCGAACACGAUCCCACCUAAGCCGCCAAAGACCUUCUGGAGAUUGGUGUGGGAAGCGUUGCAAGAUGUCACCCUCAUCAUUCUGGAAGUCGCAGCCAUCGUCUCACUACUUUUAUCUUUCAUACCUUCCAGUGGCGAAGCCGCCGAAGAUGAGCUCGGUCACGAGGAGGACAAGUCUCACGAAUGGAUCGAAGGCCUGGCUAUUCUUAUUUCCGUUAUAGUCGUCGUCUUGGUUACUGCCUUUAAUGAUUACACCAAAGAGCGACAGUUCCGCGGGCUGCAGAGCCGCAUCGAAGGCGAGCACAAAUUCGCCGUUUUGCGCGGAGGCGAAUGCAGCCAAAUCUUCGUCGGCGAGAUAGUCGUCGGCGACAUCUGCCAAGUGAAAUAUGGAGAUUUGCUGCCGGCUGAUGGCAUUUUGAUUCAGAGCAACGAUUUGAAAGUGGACGAGUCAUCGCUAACGGGCGAAUCGGAUCAUGUCAAGAAAAGCGAAUUAACGGAUCCGAUGCUUCUUUCCGGCACUCACGUCAUGGAAGGCAGCGGUCGGAUGUUGGUGGCGGCCGUCGGCAUCAAUUCGCAAGCUGGCAUCAUCUUUACCCUGCUAGGUGCUGCUGCUGACCAGCAAGAAGCGGAUGCUAAACAACGGAAGAAAGAAGCCAAAAAGCAACGGAAGAAGAAGAAAGGAGAUGUCGAAGAAGGCGCUGUCGGUAACAACAGCCAUCCGAUGGAUCACGGAGGGAACAACAUGGCGAGCAAACAAGAGACGAGGGAAGGAUCCAGCUGUCCAGCUGAGGACGCCCCUAUCAAAGAAGAGAAAUCGGGUCACAAGGAUAAAUCUGUUCUGCAAGCCAAACUGACGAAACUGGCCAUCCAAAUCGGUUACGCUGGUUCGACCAUCGCCAUUUUGACGGUCAUCAUUCUGAUAACGACGUUUUGCAUCAAGACUUUCGUCUACGAAAACCAACCGUGGAAAAACGAAUAUUUCAAUCACUUCGUCAAGUUCCUCAUUAUCGGUGUCACCGUCUUGGUCGUCGCCGUCCCGGAGGGUUUGCCCUUGGCUGUGACCCUCUCGUUGGCCUACUCCGUCAAAAAAAUGAUGUUAGACAACAACUUGGUUCGACAUUUGGACGCUUGCGAGACGAUGGGCAAUGCGACUGCCAUCUGUUCGGAUAAAACGGGAACGCUGACAACGAACAGGAUGACGGUUGUUGCCUGCUAUAUCGGAGGACAGCACUACAAAUCCAUUCCGAAGUACGACUCGCUUCCGCCGCAAGUGGCCAACCUUGCCCUUCAUGCCAUCUCGAUCAAUAGUGCUUACACGUCCCGUAUUUUGGAUGGAGAUUUGCCCAAUGAACCCAUCAAGCAGGUGGGCAAUAAAACGGAAUGCGCCAUGCUCGGUUUCGUGCUGGAUUUGAAGAAAUCCUAUCAGGCCAUUCGUGACGAGCAUCCAGAAGAAUCAUUUCAUCGUGUCUACACCUUCAAUUCGAGCCGCAAGUCGAUGAGUACCGUCAUUGCUCGUGAGGGAGGCGGAUACCGCGUCUUCACCAAAGGUGCAUCUGAAAUGGUGCUGAAAAAGUGCGCCUUCAUUUACGGUGUGGAUGGAAAACUGGAGAAAUUUACUCGCGAGAAUCAAGAAGGGCUUGUGCGAAACGUCAUCGAGCCAAUGGCGUGCGAUGGUCUGCGCACUAUCGCCGUUGCCUACCGCGAUUUUGUGCCAGGCAAGGCCGAAAUCAACCAAGUCCAUUACGACAACGAACCCAACUGGGACGAUGAGGAUGGAAUCAUCAAUAACUUAACUUGCAUGCUUAUCGUCGGAAUUGAAGAUCCUGUCCGGCCCGAGGUUCCGGAUGCUAUUCGACAGUGCCAAAAGGCGGGUAUUACAGUGCGCAUGGUGACGGGCGACAACGUGAACACGGCUCGAUCCAUCGCCAUCAAGUGCGGCAUCGUCACACCCGGCUUGGACUACCUUAUUAUCGACGGCAAAGAAUUUAAUCGACGUAUUCGCGACUCUAAUGGCGAGGUCCAGCAACACUUGCUCGAUCAAGUUUGGCCGAAACUUCGAGUAUUGGCUCGUUCUUCACCCACCGACAAGUACACGCUGGUCAAGGGAAUUAUCGACAGCAAGAUAUCCGAUAACCGAGAAGUAGUGGCGGUGACAGGAGACGGUACUAACGAUGGCCCGGCUCUCAAGAAAGCUGACGUCGGAUUCGCUAUGGGCAUUGCUGGAACGGAUGUGGCCAAAGAAGCGUCCGACAUUAUCUUGACGGAUGACAACUUUAGUAGCAUCGUUAAGGCCGUUAUGUGGGGCCGCAACGUUUACGAUUCUAUCGCCAAGUUCUUGCAGUUUCAAUUGACCGUCAACAUUGUGGCCGUCAUCGUCGCUUUCUUCGGCGCUUGCUUCAUUCAAGAUUCGCCGUUGAAAGCCGUCCAGAUGUUGUGGGUCAACCUCAUCAUGGACACGUUAGCCUCUCUAGCUCUUGCCACUGAAAUGCCCACGCCCGACUUGCUUACGCGCAAGCCUUAUGGCCGCACUAAGCCCCUCAUCUCCCGCACCAUGAUGAAAAAUAUCACUGGCCAAGGCAUCUACCAGCUGGCGGUCAUCUUCACUCUCGUGUUCGUCGGCGAGAAAUUUUUGGACAUUGAUUCGGGUCGAUACAGAACCGAUUCCGAUCCUACACAGCAUUUUACCAUCAUCUUCAACACUUUUGUGAUGAUGACGUUGUUUAACGAGAUCAACGCCAGGAAGAUCCACGGCCAGCGCAACGUCUUCGAAGGCAUUUUCACCAACCCCAUCUAUUAUUGCAUCUGGAUAGCCACUGCGGCUUCGCAGGUGCUCAUUGUGCAAUUUGGCGGUCACGCGUUUUCCACUGCCCCUCUCACGAUAGCCCAGUGGGCGUGGUGCAUCUUUUUCGGCGUGGGAACUCUAGUGUGGGGCCAGGUGGUCACCACGGUUCCCACUAGCAAGAUUCCCAAAAUCUUCUCUUGGGGUCGAGGACAUCCUGAAGACAUUUCAGCUGCAAUGGGCGCCCUAACCGAAGACAGAUUCGAUGCCGAUGGUGAAAAGAAGCGAACUACAGGCCAGAUCCUUUGGAUCCGCGGUCUCACACGACUCCAGACACAGGUGAUUGGUGGUGAAUUGCAGGAACGUUUGAUUCCGGUUCCCUACAGCAAGAAUACCACAGACCAAGCUAUCCGCGUCGUUAACGCCUUCCGCCAGGGGGUUGAUCCGCGCCUAAUGGAGCGUACCAACCCGGCUCUGGCCGCGGUGCUACAGCGGCAGGCAUCCGCGUCUUUGGCGAAACGUUUGUCGCAAGCCUCUUCUAUUGACUACGCUGACGCGCCUGGAGCGACGAGCAUCGGCGACCGCGAGCGUGACUACUUGGCACCCGAAGUGGAUAUGGAGCGUCUUUCUUCACGGAGCCACACGGAAACAGCCGUUUGAAAAGACAAUUACAAACAGCAAACAGCAAACAGCAACAUAAUUAAUGAAUUGGUAAUAAAAUAAAUUGAUGAUUUAAUGCUCUUCGAGGCGGAGGGGAAAAAAAAAGAAAUUAAAACAAAAAAAUUAAAGAAUCUUAUACGAAAUAGGAAUCAAAGAAAUCCAUCCAUCAAAAUACUGACUUUUCCUGACUUCCCAGUUUCUUAUUUCCUCGUUUUUUUUUUGUUUUUUUUUUUCUUUUGAAUUCUCCGCCCCCCCCCCCUCCCCCAGUUGUGUAUUCAUCUGUUUUACUCUCUUCCAACUGCCGAAAAAUAUGUUUUGACGAUGACUUUGAUUAGCCCAUACCACUCUCGAAAACAAUUUCUUCAAUUCUCUGUAUGUUUUGUUUGUUUUUUUUUAAUUCUAAUACGUUUUUCCCUCCGAUGAGGGUUAUGUGCUAUGGAACGCUUCAUUUCUACCCAUGCUAAUAUCCGCCCUCUCCCUAUAUUCUUAGACGUGAAAAGGAAGAGAAACAAAUGCAAUGAGGAGCAGAAAAACAUCCGACAUUAACUUUGAAAUAUCUUUAUCAUUUUUAAUUAUUCAACGUCAGUUGUUGUCCAUGCAAAUUAUCGUUUUCUUUCGUUUGUUCUUUAUUAUGAUUUUCUGGUUUGAUUAUUAUCAUUAUUUUUUUUUGUGUGAACAUUUUUAAAAAAUUUUGCCGUUGACGAUGAAAGACUGGAACACGGGGGGAGCGAUGUCGUAAUCUACUGGGGAGGGGAGAGAUAUUACUUAACGGAUGAGAAACCCAGUUGCCGUUUCUAUUAGAUUUCUACGGUCCUUUUUAAGUAAAAAAAAAGAAGCAAAAAAAAAAACCAAGAAUUUUGCCAUGUUUUUCACCUGUGUCCUAUUUAGUAAACAAUUUUGACAACAAAACAUCUUGGAUGUUCUUCUUUUAGGAUUUCAUUUCCCUCGUUCGCCUUUUUUUUUUCUGUUGUCUUUUGUUUUCUUUUCGUUGUGCAGAGUGCAGACUCUUUUUUUUUUUCCUUAUUCUUUCACUUGUAUCAUAUGGAUCCCCUUUUUUUGAAAUAUUGCCGUGUGUUUGCGUGUGCGUUUCUCUACACUUCCCAUUCCUCUCCGACCCUCUUGUCUUUUGAUUUUUCUCAUUUCGGACACCUUUUCGUUUCACUGUAUCAUCUCUUGACUUUCCUCUCUUUUUCUGUCUUUCUUCUUCCUUUACAGUGUGCUAUUUGUCGUGUACGUAAGUGUGCUCCACCUUCUUCCUUUUUACAUUUCGUUUCAAUUUAUUAUUAUUAUUAUUAUUAUUUUAUCCUUGAAAAAGUUCUUGUGUUUUUAGGCGGACGGGAAGGACUCGUUUUUUUCUUCUCGCUAUUUCAGAUUCAAAAUUGAUAAAAGUGUGUUUUAUCCCCCGAUUUUUCUCUUAGUUUGUUACCCUCCUUUUUUUAAAUUCACCUUUUCCUACUUUCUGCGUGUUCUUUUCUUCCUUUUUGAGGGAUGUUUCGAAUGGUUUCCAGACGCGAGGUCCUUAUAUACAUAGUAAACGAGAGAACAAAGCCAUAGUCUUAUACGUUAUUGUCAACUCUGUUCUACUUGAUACGAAUCGGUCCUCGUUAGUUCCUUGUUCAUUCGUUUCUUUUUUCUUUUUUUCGACUUCUUUCUUGCUUUUCUCGAAAAACGCAAAGAAAGAAAUUCUUAAAACAAAAAAAAAAAAAGGUAAAAACGAUGGCAACACUGUUCCCAACUGUUUUUCUUUUAACAACAAUUUGAUUCUUCUUAUGUUCACUGCCAAUUAUCCACGAAAAAAAUUGCCGAAUGCCAGUGUGCGUGUCUCUUUCUCUAAACAAAAGGUGUUUAAAUGCGUUUUAAAAAGAAUGAACGGGACGAAUAUGGAGAGUAUAAAUGCUGUGAGAUUGUGCAGGUGGUGCCUUGUUUUCAGCAAUCACCCUGUUUUCUGCGACAAUUUCUUCCUGCGUUUUCCACACUAACUAUUUGAUAUCGCACUUUAUCGAAUAUCCGACCUCUUUUUGUUCAUUGAUUUCCUCACUGCCUCUCGUUCUGUUUGUUUGUCUGUUCUUUUCCGAAUGCAUUUUAUCCCCAUUUACGUGGGCAGAAAUCAAGCUUUUUUAAAAACGCGUGUAUUGGCCAGUUAAAAAACAAAACAUAGAAGCAAUAGCUGGGCUUGAGGUUUGAGCAGUUUAAAAAAAAAAAGCGAAUUCUUUUAAAAUAUCGUUUUGAUCUUUAUCCAGCGUAGUCGUGUUGUUGCUGCCGCCGUUCUGUUAAAAUAUUUCACUAGCAGUGUGUUUUCUUCUUCUUUAUUUGAUUUCAUUCUUAACUCUUGAGUUAUUGAAAUGGCGUCAAAUGUCAGUUGGGCCUCCCGUUAUUUAUUGCUUUUAAUGAGCUAGGAAAAAAAAAAAAAAAAGACACACACUCUGGGACUUGUCGAGAAAUCGAUGUUAAAGCGGCGUCGAAUUUUGUGUUUUCUUUCUUUCUUGUAGCGUAUGAUUUGUAAGUAAAUCGAGGUAACAGCCCACUCUUGAAUCCAUGAUAGGAAGAAUUGCUUUUCAAUUUCAGUAGAUUAGUAUGGAGAAAAAAAAAAAAGGUGGACAUCCACAUUGAACAUUAUGUGUUAUAUACCUGUUCGAAUGGCCCAAAUUGAACAAAUGUUGCGCCAAGUAGAGCGUUCGUGAAUUUCUAAACUAGCAGGACGUGUGCGUGCGUGUUUUUUUCUUUUUCUUCUUUUCCCCAUCUUGGUUAUUCAUUUGUUUUCCUCUUUUUUUUUUCAUUGUGGCGAAGAAAAUCGAGAAGAGUGAUGUGCAUUGUAAUUGCUGUCGAAUAGCCAAGUUUUUUAAAUUUUUUCUUUUCUGUUUUUUUUUUUUCUCGUUAUUCUUUUCUUGUUGGUGCAAAGAAUAUUUGCGAAGCAAAAAUGUGUUUCUGCUCCUCCCUGUCUCUCUCUCUCUCUUUCCCUCUUUUGUCCUACUUCGCUCUGAAAGUGUUAUGAUUAAUGAUCAUUAUAAUUAUGGGAUUAAACCAAAAGAGGAGAGCCUGUUGUUUUUGUUUUUUCACCCUUCUUUUUCAUUACAAGAAGUUAAAAAAAAAAUAUUAAAACCAACAAAAAAAAAAUUGAUUGUUUGUUAUAAGCGAAGAAAUUUUUACAAGUGUUGUUGAACGUAGCAUUUAUCUUAUGGUUAUUAUCUUUAUAUAGUCGCGCUCCAAAGGGUUCAUCGUUUCAUAACACACACAAAAGGAAGACCUUUUUUUAAAAAAUCCUCUUAACUCACGUCGUCCUCUCUUGUAUUUGCUCUCUCGUUCUCUCCAUCUAUUUACCUAUCUCUUUCUCUAUCUUGAAAACUUAUCUUUCUCUCUGUAGCUUAUUGGUAGCCAAACGUUUGUUUGUUUUCUUAUCAAUCCCCACUCCGGAUUUUUAUGACUGAUCCCUCUGAAAUCCCCUUUCCCAAACAUACACACACACACAAAAAAAAAAAUAAAUAAAUAAUAACAAUGAGCAAUUUCUCCAUUGCGAGACACAACCACAUUAUUCUUGUUCUUAAUUCCACACAACUCCAUUCGUUCCAUUGAAGUGUGCCAGUCAUCAUGUCAUAAAGGCGGUGACGUUUGUUCUUGGAGGGGAACAAGAGGGGUAAAAAAAACAAAACAACAACAACAAAAACGAGUCUAUAUGUCUCCUUUUUCUUCACAUCAUUCACGUGCUCUGUUGGUUUUCUCUUCUUCAGGUUCAGAGUUCUGGAUUUUGUUUUCCAUCCCUCUCCCUUCUCUCUUAAUGAGUGUCUUAUUAUCCUCCCUUUUUUUUUUUUUUAAAUCGAAUGUUGCUAAUUUUUGUUUUGUCUUGGGUUUCUUUAAUAAUUGAUUUUGUUUGACGUGGCUAAUCUUAAAAUCAAAGAUUUUUGUUUUCCAAAAGCUCCCUUCCGUUUCUCAUUGAUGACGACUGUUUGACAAUAACAACUCACGAUGUUCCCUAACCCUUGUAUGUAUUAUGCAGCGGCGCAUAAUUUGCAAGACUAACGGAGAGAAGAUAGCAGCGUGAUUUCGAAUGUUUUCUCAGUUCCAAAUGGUCUUUGAUUUCCUUCGUUUUCCGCCCACCCCUUCAAUCUUUUUUCAUCUCUCUCUCACACACACACACACACAUCUUUUUUUUUUUUUUAAUUCUUUUCUUUAUCUAUUUUAAAUUUCUUAUCUUCGUAUAUUCCUUGUACAAAUAAAACUUUGAGCUCUUGGUUA